AUGGAGCUACCGGGUUCUGACAAGUUGAAGACGAUGUGGGAGUUAUGGGAUAUCCGGGUGUUCAUGCUGGUCAGUCUCUCACUCCAGGUCGUGUUGACGCUGCUGACGCCCUGGAGGAAACGCACCGGAAACGUGGUUGUGAUCUCGAUGAUCUGGUCGGUCUACUUGCUUGCCGACUGGGUGGCUGCCGCCACGGUGGGCAAGAUUUCCACCAAGCAAAUCAAUCGUUGCCAGCCCUCUGAGAACUCCGUUAUAGCGACCUUGUGGGCACCUUUCCUCCUACUCCACUUGGGAGGCCCUGACACCAUCAGUUCCUUCUCUCUCCAGGACAACGAGCUGUGGCCUAGGCACCUUUGCGGGCUUGUUCUGCAGGAUGGCGCCGCCCUUUAUGUCUUCCUUAAGUCGCUUCCAGGAGACAAGCUGCUGUCGCUGUCGACCAUGCUCGUGCUUAUUGCAGGGACCAUUAGGUACGCCGAGCGAAUACAAGCCCUGUAUGCAGCGAGCUCGGGUGGAUUCGGGGAUUCGGUGUUCCGGAAGCCAGAUCCAGGACCCAAAUACGAGAAAGUUGUGGAGAUCUACAAUUCCUUGAAACUGAGCGGCCUGCCGACGCAGUUUGUGACGAUCCAGCGGCGCGAAAGCAGCUACUUACCUCGUGCUCCCAAUGAGCAGGCAGCCCCGAUCCACGAGAAAUCACAGAGGGCGGUCCUAGAAACUGGGUACCAGUUUUUUGAGACCUUCAAGGGACUCAUAGUCAGCUAUGUCUUCACCGCCAAAGAGCGCCAGCAGAGCCGCAACUUCUUUCUCUACCAGGAAGCCCGACACGCAUUUCGGCUGGUAGAGGUGGAGCUCAGCUUCCUGUAUGAGGUCCUCCACACCAAGACAUUUGUCUUGCGACACAAAUGGGGAUGGAUCUGGCGCCUCAUCAGCUACUGCUCCAUCUUGAGUGCCUUCGCCUCAUUCUAUGCAGUCGGGAAGGAUGGAUUCCGCAAGUCAGACGUCAUCAUCACCUACCUCCUGUUCUCUGCAGCAGUUUCCCUAGAUGUGAUCUCCCUCUUCACACUGUUGUUGUCUGAUCGAACCGCCAUUGCCAUAAAAAAGAAAUGGUACGAUCCCAUUUUGCGAAUGAUGAGCAAUAGAAAGAGGUGGUCAGGAAAGGUGUCCCAAUGUAAUCUACUAGAAUUCUGUCUGCAUAAAGAGAGCGAAACCCUUAACACGAUUGCUGAACUCGUGCGUAUGAGAGGUCGUCUGGAUAAGAUUAGGCUAAGCUUUUGGCUGCGCAAUCCUAAGGUGGACAACCAUCUAGAGGAGUUCAUCUUCAAGGAGUUGAGAAGGAGAUCCUUGGUCGCCAAGGAUGUCGCAACGGCUUCUAAGAUUUCUUCCCACCGAGGCAAUUGGGCUCUUUCGGACGCUGGCAUAGAUCUGAACAGCGAGUUGUAUAGUAGCAUUGUUGAAGUUCCCUACGCUCAAAGCGUCCUACUGUGGCAUAUAGCCACUACGCUCCUCUGGUGUGAGGACGAAAGAAAGAAAGGCGGCGAAGAAAAAAGAGAAGUUGAGGGCAGCCCAUAUCGAGAAAUAUGCAAGACACUCUCGGACUACGUGUUCUAUCUUCUGGUCUUGCAACCCAACAUGAUGUCCGCCUUGUCGUCCAAUUGGCAGUUGAUGCUCCAAGACACCUGCGCGGAGGCCAAGAGAUUUUGGAAAAAUUUGGACGAGCGCCGCGCUGAUCUGGAAACCACAUGCGGGAAGAUUCUCGAAGUGGAUACGCCGGUUAAGCCAGUUUAUGUCAAAGGUUACGCGAGCAAGUCUGUGCUAUUUGUUGCUUGUGGCCUCGCGAGAUGCUUGAGAGACGAGCUCGAUUCGAGUAAAUGGAAGAUAAUGGGAGGAGUGUGGGUCGAGUUACUGUCCUAUGCUGCGAACAACUGCAAGGUGGAUGUAAACGCAGAGCGGCCGAGCAAGGGCGGUGAACUUCUGACCAUCGUCUGGUUUCUGUUGAACCAUCUGGGCUUGGGAAAGCAAUUCGACGCCGAUGAUGGGGCUAGGGUCCAAAUUGUAGUGAAGAAGUAA